AUGUCUGGAAAUACCAUCAGUACGGGUGGAUCUGUUGGGGCCGGCAGAGAUAUACGUAUCAUACAUAUGUCUCAGAGAUAUCACCAGGGAUCACGGAAGAACAUGCUUGAUCAAGGUGAUAAAACUUGGCCGACAGUCGAAAAAUUUGUAGAAAGCCAGGUCAGGGAUAUAUCUAAACGUAGAGUUAUAAAAAAGAUUCUUGUCUCAACAAACGGUAUUGCUGCUGUCAAAUGCAUCUGGUCAAUGCGUUCAUUUUUGAUGCAACACUUCCGACAGGAUCAUAUAAUAAAAUUUAUUUGUUUGACCACAGAACAAGAAAUAGCUUCUAAUGCCGAAUAUCUGAAAAUGGCUGAUCAUAUAGUCAUAGCUCCAGCUGGAGAUAAUAAGAAUAACUAUGCUAAUGUAGAUGAAAUCGUAUCACAUGCUGUUUCUGAGAAAGUUGAUGCUGUAUGGGCUGGAUGGGGACAUGCAUCUGAAAACCCUGAGUUGCCUAGACGUUUAGCUGAAAAUGACAUUUGCUUCAUUGGACCUCCAUCAAGUGCCAUGUUCUCUCUUGGAGAUAAGAUUGCCAGUACCAUCAUUGCACAGACUCUUGACAUUCCAACUAUUGAAUGGUCUGGAAAUGGACUGAAGCUCGAUUUGAAUGUCAUCGAGGGAGAAGUAUCUGUUGGACAACAACUUUUCAAUUUGGCCACGGUUUCUGACCUCAACGAGGGCUUGCGCUCUUUGGAAAUCAACAAGAUUGGUUAUCCUUUGAUGAUCAAAGCCUCUGAAGGUGGUGGAGGAAAGGGAAUCCGCAAAUGUAAAAACGAAGCUGAUUUCCGAGAGAACUUCAUUCAAGUUCAAGCUGAAGUUCCUGGUUCUCCCAUUUUCCUUAUGAAGUGUGUCGAAAAUGCUCGUCAUAUCGAAGUCCAAUUAAUAGCCGAUAGAUACGGAUGCGUUAUCCCAGUGUAUACCAGAGAUUGUUCUAUUCAAAGAAGAUGUCAGAAGAUUAUUGAAGAAGCUCCUGCUAGCAUUGCUCCACAAGAAAUUCUUAGAAGAAUGCAAGAAGAUGCCGUUAAAAUUGCCAAGUUAGUUGGUUAUGAAUCAGCUGGAACAGUCGAGUACAUGUACUUGCCAGAAGAAGAGAAAUACUUCUUCCUUGAGUUGAACCCAAGACUUCAGGUAGAGCAUCCCUGCACAGAAAUGAUUGCCAGCAUUAACAUUCCUGCUAUCCAAAUUCAAAUUGCUAUGGGUUUACCGCUGAACCGUAUUGCUGAUAUCAGACUGUUCUAUGGUUUCAAAGAUGAACAAUUGUAUGAAGAUACACCAUUGCCAGACGAUUUAGUGAGAACCGUGGUAGAUAGGCAUUGUAUCGCUGCUAGAAUUACAUCAGAAGAUCCAAAAGAUUUCUUCCGUCCUUCAACAGGUUCAGUUGAAACUCUCAACUUCCGAUCUGCUCGCGAUGUUUGGGGAUAUUUCUCUAUUUCAAGUUCUGGAAAAGUGCAUGAGUACGCUGAUUCUCAGUUCGGUCAUUUGUUUGCUGUUGGAAGAACUAGACAUGAAGCUGUAUCAAAAAUGUUGGUAGCUCUGAAAGAACUUGAAGUUCGUGCCACCUUCGCUAUGCAAGUUGCAUAUCUGGUCGAUUUACUUAAAGAACCUGAUUUCACUAAUAAUAAAUUUAAUACUCAAUGGUUGGAUAAUAGAAUCGCCAGCAAUAUCACAAUGAAAGAAACUUUGCCAAUAUCAGAAAUCAUAGCAAUCAGUAGUGCUGUUAUUGGUCAUGCUAAGAUCACAUCAACUUUCAACAACUUCAAAAACGCUGUUGAACGUGGACAAGUCCUUCCUACCAAAGAUCUGACUGAAACAAUUCUCUUUGAUCUUGUAAAAGACAUGAACAUCUAUCAAGUCUCAGUCAGUAGAUGUGGACCCAUCAAUUACUUUAUUUCAUUGAACGGUGGAAAAACAGAGGUUAAUAUUCAUCUUCUCGGAGAUGGCAGAACUAUUGUUCAGCAUAAUAAAACAAGUUAUAUGUGUAAUUUUGAAGAAACGUCUGAUAAGUAUAAGGUGUACAUUGGGUUAUCACUCAUUGUUUUUGAAAAAGACAAUGAUCCAAGCAUCUUGAAAUCUCCAUACACUGGAAAGUUCCUAGGAUACAAAAAAGCCAAUGGAGACUAUCUCUCUCUCGGAACUCAAUAUGCUCAAGUUGAAUCAAUGAAGCUAGUUUUCAACGUUGAAGUGAAAAAAGCACCUGGACGUCUUGAGUAUGUAGCUAAAGAAGGAGAUCUGUUGUAUCCUGGAUCUAUCAUUGCCCGAUUAACAGACCAGAAAGACUCUGAGAAAUACAAACCAAAGCCUUUCUUGGAGGUGUUCCCCGAUUGGGAAUCUCCUUCCGAUGUAGAUGAUAACAUUUCUGAAUGCAAGCAGUACACUCAGUGCUAUGACACAUGCAACAAUGUUCUCAAUGGUUCUGUGCCCCCAUCUGAUAUUUACAAUCCCAAAACAUUGGUUGAACAACUCUUUACUCUUCUGGAAAGCAGAACACUUCCAACUGCUCAAGUCAAGGCAGCUAUGUCUAAAAUCUUGAACAGACUUCCUCGUCACAUUGCCAAAGAAAUUGAAUCUCUUGCCGACGGACCUAGCAAUAAGAAGUUUGGUGAUAUCAAGAGAGUCUUGGAAACAUACUUCAGUAAGCUCACACCAUUAGAGUGGGAGACUUCUAAGCUUGUUUGCGCCAACCUGUAUGAAACCUGUGAAAGAUAUGAAAGCGGUGUUCUCCAUAACAUGGCAUAUGUUUUGAACGAGUUGCUUGAGAACUACAAAGAAUGCGAACGUUUCUUCGAAGGAAGACAAUAUGAUGAUGCUGUUGUUCUUCUUAACCAACAAUUUGGAAAUCAAAAAGACAAAGUAGUUCAAAUGAUUUAUGCUCACACUCAACUCAGACGUCGUAACGAGCUUGUUUUGACUAUCCUCAAGCAUGUCGAGAAUCGUGGAAUGCAUUUAGUAACAUUCUUGACUGAACGACUCCGAGAUAUUGGAAACAUGUUCCAUCUUGAUAGCGUAUCUGAGUAUGCUCGUCAUCUCUUGCUCAAGAACAAUCGAACUAAAUAUCGUAAAUUCCUCAACAAGGUUAUUUGGGAUAUUAACCAUGUUCCAAUCAAAGUACGUGAAAACGAAGAAGUUCUCGUAGUGGAGAAGGCUGUAGAUGUUUUACGUGAGAAAUUCUUGGAACUUCAAAAGUUGGGUAUCUCACCUAAAGAAGUAUUGGAAAAGAGUCCCUGGAUGCACAAAGUUCUUCACGAAUUCUUCUUUGACAAUGAGCUAGCUGAUUACGUCAUCAGAACCUAUAUCCAACGUUAUUCAUCUGUCACAACUAUUCAACGAGCUGAAUUGGUCGAUUUCGGCAAAAUAUUCGAAUUCCAUGGCAAAAACUCGGCAGGAUCCGAUCAACAUUAUGCCAUUCUUACAUUGAAUGUUACCAAAGACAACUUCGAAAAUGCUCUGGGCCACCAAAAAUUGAUUUCAUCUUUGAAAUAUCGUUUCGCUAACGAACAAGUCCGUUUGGCUAUUUUCGUUAAUGUUGCCAGAAACUUCCAACAAAACUUAGGAACAGAUGAAAGCCGUGAAGCUCAAUUGGAGGAACUUCCUUUCUACAAUGAAGUUGAUGAUAGUAUUAUUGCCAUUGCUGAGAACUCCGCUAAGAAUAUUCAAACUCAAUUACCUAACUUAACCGCUCAUGUCAUUGCUUGCUGCAGAUACAAGCCUGUCAUGCAAAUUGAUGUUAUUGGUGCUGAAAGAUUAGAGUUAUGGAGAUUGCCUAAGUCUGUCAAGACAGAAUCUGAUAGAAUGUCAAAUCUACGGGUGUAUAAGUAUGAUGAUGAGUCUGAGAAACGAUUCUCCAAGCUCUUUGUCAGAGAAAUUGUAGAAGUUCCAAUCCGAUUGGAGGAAUGUGAGAACGAUGUGACUGAUGUUUUGGUUGAUUAUAUCGAUAACGCUUGUGGCGCCAUCAACGUUGCCAUGCGAAAGUUUAAUAAAUUAUUAUUUGUUUCCAAUCACAUCUUUUUGUAUGUGGCUUUCCCUAAACUACCAGAAACAUACACUGUGGAUUAUGAAUUGAGUCUUGAAGAAGCUUAUAUAAAUGCUGUUAGAUCUCAAAAGGACAUCUUGUUCAAGCAUCGUGUGACAGAAGUUGAAAUUGUAACACCUCAGUUGCGAAAUGGAGGGCACGUUAAACAUAGAGUCAAAUUCCUAGAUGAAACCGGUGUUACACCUGAAUUUGGUAUUUAUCACGAGAAGCAGCUCAAAAUCGAACCACAAAGACUUUCUCAUAAGCUCUAUAAUGCCAACCUUGGUUCAUACGAGAGCAUCAAGAGAAUUGAAAAGAAACGUGUUUCUACUCGUGCCAAUGGAACUACUUACGUUUAUGACUAUCCUACGCUUUUUGGAAGAGCUUGCUUGGAACAAUGGAGAAAUCUUAAAGCAUCUUCUGAACAGAGUCAAGAUGUCAACGAUCGUAGAGUAUUUAACGAUCACGAUUACCGUAAAUUUUUCGAUGAAGAAGAACUUAUUGUAAAAGAUGGAGAGCUCCACCACAUAGUGGACAAGGAAGAGCUUAAAGUUCGGGCUGACAACUGUAAUAAUGAAUCUGGUAUGGUAGCUUGGCUCUUAACAUUAUACACACCCGAGCAGCCAAGAGGAUACAAAGUUGUAGCUAUUGCUAAUGAUAUCACAUUCCAAUCUGGUUCUUUCGCUAUUCCUGAAGAUGAAGUUUAUAGCUUAGCUAGUCAGUACAGUAGAAAGCAUAAACUGCCUCGUCUCAAUGUAUCUUGUAACUCCGGUGCCCGCAUUGGAUUGGCCGAAGACAUUUCCAAAACAUUCCGUGUCAAAUUCAAAGAUCCCGCUAAUCCUUCCGAAGGCUUUGACUACCUGUAUGUUGAAGAUUCUGAUGAGCAUCCCUUGAAAGAUCAAAUUGUACACGAGAAAAUGCCUAAUGGACUUCUCCGCAUUAAGAGUGUUGUUGGAAGAAGCACUGAACACAUUGGAGUAGAGAACCUUCAAGGAUCUGGUUUGAUUGCCGGUGAAACCUCAAAGUCUUAUGAGGAAGUUCCUACAUACUGUUUUGUUACUGGACGUUCCGUUGGAAUCGGAGCUUACACUGCUCGACUCGCUCAUAGGAUAGUUCAAUCACGUACUUCGCACAUCAUUCUCACUGGUGCCCCAGCUUUAAACACUCUUUUGGGUAAAGAGGUGUAUACUUCCAAUAACCAAUUGGGAGGUGUACAAAUUAUGCACAAGAACGGUGUUACACACGCAGUUGUUGAUGAUGACUUCGAAGGUGUCUGUAAGCUUGUUAAAUGGAUGAGCUACUUACCAGUCAAGAAAGAACCUUUCCCCUUCUAUCGUAGCUUCGGAGUAGACAGUGAUUAUCGUGACGUCGUUUUUGAUGCCGAUUCAAACAAAAACUUCGACAUCCGUCACCUGAUCGACUCUGGAGACUCUACAAUCCAGAAAGGAAUUUGUGACUCUGGAUCUUUUGACGAAAUCAUGGAGGAAUGGGCUAAAACAAUCAUUGCUGGAAGAGCACGAAUUGGAGGAGUUCCUAUUGGAGUUGUUUCUUCAGAGCUUAGAAACGUGAAGAAUGUUAUCCCAGCCGACCCUGCCUGUCCCAACAGUCAAGAAAUCGAAUUCCAUCAAGCUGGUCAAGUAUGGUAUCCCGACUCAGCCUUCAAAACUGCCGAAGUUAUUGGCGACUUCAACAGAGAAAACCUUCCUUUGCUCUUCAUUGCUUCAUUACGUGGAUUCUCCGGUGGCCAGAAAGACAUGUUUGACAUGGUUUUGAAGUUUGGAGCUCAAAUUGUCGAUGCCCUUCGCCAAUACAAACAACCAGUCAUUGUAUACAUUCCAUGUAAUGGAGAACUUCGAGGAGGUGCUUGGGCAGUGUUAGACAGCCAGAUCAAUCCUGGCUUCAUUCACAUGGUUGCUGACAAAAAGAGUCGUGGAGGAAUCUUGGAACCAAACGCGAUUGUUGGCAUCAAGUUCCGCAAAGAGAAAUUAUUUGCUUUACAAAAGCGAAACGAUGAAAUUAUGAUGCAUCUCGAUUCCCAAUUGAGCGAAGAAAUAAGAAAUAACGGUGCUGAGUCUCCAGAAGCCGUUAGGUUGGAUGGCUUAUUGAAGAAGCGCGCUCACGAUCUCGGCAAGAUCUACAGAAAUAUUUCUGUUGAGUUUGCUGAUUUACACGAUCGUUGCGAAAGAAUGCACAUCAAGAAUGCAGUUCAGCAUGUAACAGAAUUGAAAAAUGCUCGUAACAUGUUUAUUAAUCUAUUUAAACUUGAAAUGGCCAAAACAAGACUUGUGGAAAGAUACAUAGAAGUUUCUCCCGAUGUUACAAGGAACGAUGCUUACACAUGGCUUAGUAAUGAAUUAGAACAAUAUAAAUCAGGAAGCACUUCAUUAACGCUCAAGCAGCAAUUGGAAGUUGUUGAAAAGUACAUCAGUGAUUCGAGCUUCUGCCACGAAAUCGAUACAAUUCGUGAAUUAUCUAUUGAAAGAAUGAUUGCCCAGUUACCUUUAGAGAGCAGAGACAGAUUAUUACGUCGUUUCUCAAAAUAA